AUGGACGAAGAUGGAAGACAACUCGGAUGGCUCAGAACGAACUCCAAUUUUUGUGGCGUGACAGAUGGAGUAGCUUUGUUUGAAGUGAAAAUGAAGACUCUGUACAAGAAAACUGGCUUAGAGCACCGAGUCCUCGGUAGCAAAUUCGAAAACGCGUCCUAUACGAGCACCCGAUUUGUGCUCGUCAUUGGUCCGACUGGUGCUGGGAAGAGCACAUUCGUGAAUGCACUUGUCAACUACUUUGUGGGGGUUGAGUACCGUGACGAUUGCAGGUUCAUCGUUGCCACGGCCCCAAAAAAGGGUGAUGGAAAUAGUGGAACCGAGAACGUGACUGCCUAUACGAUUGAGAGUCUUCCUGGUUUUCGAUUCAGAUUUAGUCUUACCAUUGUAGAUACACCUGGAUUUGGAAACGUUGAAGUUGGCAAAGAGGAAGAAAAUAAUUGGUCGAAAAUCCAAGAGUUGUUUAAAAGCGAAGAAUUCGGUCUCAAUCGACUUCAUCUCGUCGCAUUUGUUGUCACAUCUGCAGACCACCGUCUAUCAGCACGGGCAGAAACAGCCUACGCAAAAGUCACUUCCAUCUUCGGUAACGACGUGGUAAAUAAUUUUCACAUCAUCAUAACACAUUGUGAGAUUAUGCCAAAAAAGGAGAUUCCAGUAUUGAAGACCCUGAAGAAAGCUGGUGUCCCAACAGAUUUCCCGCAUUAUCUCAAUUUUCAAGCUGUUAUGACCAAAGUCGAAGAUGCUCCUCAAGGAGAAGUUGCUUGGAGGAAACAGAGAAAAGCAUUACAAGACAUACGUGACUUUUUGGAUGAUGAUGUGAUACCUGUGAGCCUCACACUAACAAAAGACAAUCUCAAGAAGUUGCAAUUUAUUGAAACCAAACUACGAGAAUUGGAGAAUCCCAUCACAGGGAAAGACACAACACGUCGUGAAACGCAUCAGGAAUUCGAGGAGAAGAUAUAUACAGCUAAAAAACUGCAUGAAACAUUCCAGGAGCACAAGACCAAGGCAAUGAAGCCCUAUUUGCCAUAUAUCAGGAAAUUCAUUAGCAUACUCUUGGAGGAGGAUCAGGUUACGUUCAGAGGGUCCUGCAACCCAGCAAAGAUUGAAAACUUCGAGACCUAUGAAGAAGCUUUGAAGAAGGUCUCAAAGAUUCUUAAGGAGAUGGAACUCAAGGGGCAUUCUCGAGGAAAAGGGCUUUUGUCUCAUGUCCGUUCGUUCUUCGGAAUUUAA